UUUUUACUGUCUCGACACUUCCGGAUUGGGGUUUGGACCGCGGUGGGCGCAGUUUUCCAGAGUUGUCAGUUUGCUGGUAAACUGUUGAAGUUGUUGUGACAAAAUACUGAGUUUUUAUACUAUUUUGUGCACUGUCAAUACCACCUCUUCAGUAAAAUAAGAUGGAAGGAGAUGAGUGUGGGAAGUUUCCUCCAGAACCAUCGGAGGGUAAAUCACAGAGGGGAAGUGUGGCCUCCUCUGUCACCCGCGCUCAAGAUGUGCUUGUGUACCUGGUGGGUGACAGUGCUGUACACCUGUGUGUGGAGGGGGUUGGCUGUGUGAGUGUCCAGGAGCUAGGCCACAGUGUCCGAGAGGCUCUCCACAUUCCUGAUUCGUCAAUGGAUGCCUUUGCCUUCUGGCUCUGCUCUCCUCUGCUCGAACUGCAGUUAAAGCCGAAGCAUCAGCCUUACAAACUGUGCCGCCAGUGGCAGGACCUGCUGUAUCGCUUCACUGAGGCCUCGGAGGAGGACAUAUCUCAAGAUGAGCCAAGCCUGCAGUACAGAAGGAAUGUGUUUUAUCCCAAGUCUAAAGAGCUGCAGAUUGAAGACGAGGGGGUGUUGAGACUCCUUUACGAUGAGGCACGGGUUAACAUCCUCGCGGGCCGCUUCCCCUGUGACCCUGAGACCUGGACAGGUUUGGGAGCACUGUCUUUUGCUCUGGAGCUGGGGGUCGGUCUGGACGACCAGAAAGCCACUGCUGCUUUAAGGGAGAAGAAGCUGAUAUCCUUCCUGCCUGCACAUGUUUCAGGGGGAGGUGGGGGGCUGUUCUCUACGCUGAGGGGGAAAGGGGGCCGUCAGGCAGGGCUGGAGCACAACCUUUUGGAGGAAUAUCGCAAGCUCAGCACCUCGGGCAGCACCCCCCUGGAGCCCACUCAGCGUCUACGCCAGUACCUCAGCACAUGCCACUCUCUGCCUUACUACGGGUGUGCUUUCUUCUCGGGGGAGAUCGAAAAGCCAGCCCAGGGGAUUCUUCAUAGAGCAGGACGGAAAGCUGUCAAUGUGGGGAUCAGUCUGGAGGGGGUGUAUGUAAUGGACAUCAAAGAGAAGCACGUGCUCCUGGGCCUGCGCUUCAGUGAGCUGUCUUGGGACCACAGCUACCCUGAAGGGGAGGGUGACUCACACAUCCUGUGGCUCGAAUUCGAUGGAGAGGAGGCCGGCACCCCUGUCAACAAGUUACUGAAGAUCUACUCAAAACAAGCAGAGCUUAUGAGCGGCCUUAUCGAGUUCUGUGUGGAGCUACAUUCUGCAGCCGACGGAGGGGCGGCCACGGAAACAGACGGUGAUGUCACUGCUGGACAGGCGGGGGGCAGUGACGGAGAAAGGGACGGUCGCCGUGGGAAACUGCACAGGCAGAGCAGUGUGGUGUGCAGUCGGGUCCAUACACUGAACACCAUCAGCUACGUGGACAACGGUAAAGAAAUCAAACGUCUGAAGCCAAAGAGAGCUGCUUCCUUCUUCACCAGGCAGGCACAACCACCCACAUAUUCUGCAGUACAGGUGGAAGAGAGUUUGGAGCAAGGGUGAGCCUCCAUCUCCGGUAUAGGCACUGCUCUAUGCUAACUGGAGACCAAAACUGAACAUGCACAUUGAGAUUGAGAGAGAGAAAAAGAUAUGCAAGGAGUUGGAGAGUUUAUCUUGUUGUUUGUGAAAAUACAAUGGACCAAGAGUGGGAUUUAAGUGUGAAUAAAUAUUUAUGCAUAAUUGUUGUGUAUAUGAAGUUACAUGAGAAUAUUGGCAUUCUUUAGGUGCUGCAAAGUGACGUUGAGUGUCGUUGCUUCACAGGUCAAGUUGAACCGGCUACCUAUUGGUAGAAGUUGUAGUUUAAUAUGAAACUGUUGAGUAGUGGUAACAUUCACAGUAGCACCACCUUGUAUCUUUACCCUUGUGAUAGGGGACCUUUAUUACUGUUCUCCCUCAGAUGGAAUGUAUGUACUAUGACUACAUACAGUAUCAUCCAUUGAGAUGUAUGCAACACUCUUGGAAACCAAACAACACAGGGCAUUGUAUUGUCUAACAGGAGGGCGAUAUUGAAGGCUCUGCAACUAUAUCUUGUUCAAACCUCAGUCUUUGUUCCAAAACAAACAUUUAUCUUGUGGUAGUCUAUGCUGCUCUGUGCUAAACACUCAGUCUCUCAUGGUCAUCAUGGACUGUAUCUGCGUCCUCCUCCCAGAAAUGACAAGGUCAACCAUUCUCCAUAUUCCAGACUGCACCCUUAUCCAAGUGGUUUCAGAUUCCAUGUUUUGUUAUUGUUAUAUUGUACAACAUGCAAGAGCAGCUUGACUUAGGAGCUGUCCAUUCAAGAAGAGUUUCCUGAUGACACUUCUCCUGCUGGCCUCUCCUCAGUGUGUCAGUAUGAGAGGAGCGAUUCUACUGUAUAUCUUUGUAUGAACACUAAAUUGCAUCAAACUGAAGAAUGUGGUUUCCACUGUUAGAACUGAUAUUGUCAAUUAUGCAAAUGGAAUCAAAAAACAAAAUGGUCGAAUUCAUUGUUCCUAAGUCAAGCUAUGUAUUCAUGUUGUAUUAUUUUAAAACGAUUGUAGUGUACUCACUUGCUUUAUGUGCACGUGACUCAAUAUCUUAAGACUGCACUGUUUAUAUCUGAAAUACUGUAGCGUUUUUACAUUUGGUAAUUAUUUUGUAUUAUUAUUAUUGGAGUAAUACCUUAUCUUUUGACUCUCAUACACCUAUCUCUGUCUUUCUCACACAAAUUAGACAAUAGGUCAUUUGAAACCUUAUUAUUUUUCAAUGCAGUUGCUGUAUAAAAAGACCAAGUGCCUUUUGUUUCAGUAAUAAUUUGGCCAUUGAGACUAACCUGGUAUUUAUGUGGGCUUGUUUGUCUGUUAAACAUGAUCAGCAGAAUGUUGCUGUAUUCAUUUUAUCUGCUCUGGUUGCUAUACAUUUACACAACUUCUUGUUGUGUGUACACAUUGAGACUGUCAAAUAUAUCAAACCCUUUAACUUCA